CCUAAACAACAUGGCUGACCAGGAAGCAAGGAAGACACUAAGAUCUCUCAAUUCAAAUACACCUACUCAUGUGAAGUUCAUCAACAAGUCCAGACAAAUGGUCAGAGCUUGGUGGCUAAACUUUUCUGGGCUCCCUGUAUCCUACGGUGACAUUCGGCCGGGCGGAUCCUUGAAAAUGAACACGUUUCUCACUCAUCCGUGGGUCUUUAGAACAUCUGACGGUUAUGUACAACUUCUGGCGGACAGAGAAGAGGUAUAUUUUCCUACUUUAACAGAGUAUGAAGACGGAUUUCCAGUAUAUAAAGAUGUGCUGAUAAUCUCACAAGUUAAUACCUUACAGGAGUAUUGCUGCAUGCUGAUCCGUAAAAUGGUGAAGAGGGAAGACUUUGACAAACUUGACAUUCCUGAAUGCCUGAAGAGCGAUCUUACCAGGACUCCAGAUCUACUGAAGGAAUUACAGAUAGCUCGAGCACAAUACAGUGAUGGAUAAAACGUUACAAUGUCUACAUUGCACUUGUCUCUUUGGUAUAUUGUUUAACAUGAGGACCAGUUAAUACCGACUUAUUAUAUAACUGGGACGCCAGUCUGGUGUAGGGCGCAGGCAAAUUAUGGGAAAUUUAGAGACUUCAAUUCACCAACUUGAGCCAACUGAAGUACCUUGAGACACAAGGCGUGGAAGGUGUGAGCCACCGUGUUAUUACUGUUCAUAUGUAUGUUAUAUGGUAUGGAAUAUUAUUUAGCACUAUAUAACGUAGAAUACAAGUAUUAUGAUAUUAUUAAAAAGUAUGCCAAAUAUCCAUGAUGUAAACAUUACAAUGUAAACAUCCAUCCAUCCAUUUUCCAAACCGCUUAUCCUAUUGGGUCGCGGGGGGUCUGGAGCCUAUCCCGGAAGCAAUGGGCACGAGGCAGGGAACAACCCUGGAUGGGGGGCCAGCCCAUCGCAGGGCACACUCACACACCAUUCACUCAUGCAUGCUCAUCUAUGGGCAAUUUAGCAACUCCAAUUAGCCUCAGCAUGUUUUUGGACCGUGGGGGGAAACCGGAGUACCCGGAGGAAACCCCACGACGACAUGGGGAGAACAUGCAAACUCCACACACAUGUAACCCAGGCGGAGACUCGAACCUGGGUCCCAGAGGUGUGAGGCGACAGUGCUAACCACUGCACCACCAUGCUGCCCCCCACAAUGUAAACAUAAUGUAAUCAAUACAAUGUAACCAAAUGAGUAUGUAUUUGCACCUUUUGUUAGUCUGAGUUUCUGUUAGCUACUUUAUGUUAGUCCUGAAUUUAUGAAUAUUCACUUUUAUUAGCGUAUAUUUUAUCACUAUGUUAAAGGACAAAUAUAUUAUCAACCUUUUGGUUAGACAAUGUGUAAAAGGCUGAAACUACCAGGGUUUACUACUGAAGGAAGGGAUUCGCCUGAGUUCACCAGAAGUUCACGGCUGAGCAUUUUUAAAAAACCAAGUGGAGCUGCUCGUGCCACCAUUAUGUUCAGCUGAGAGACCAAACGGCAAAAGAAAUGAUGGACAAACUUAUCACCUAGGGGUGCGGAUUAAGGGAAAAAACAAUUAUUGUGAAUGGCUGAAGGAAUGAUGAUGCUUAAGUGAUGAGAUAUUGUUAAAUAAGAACUUGUAUAAAAAUUGGUGUAAAACAGUACUGGACAUACUUUACGUGUCCAGUCUUGGUUGUAACUUCAUUGUUGCAAUAAAGACUGAAUUCUGGAUACUGCACAA